CGCGCGCGCACGCCAGGGCCCCCUCCCCCGCACCACGCCCACACCCUCUCUUUGCAUUGCACGCCGCGUCGCGCUCACCAGAUCGUUCGUCACCACCACCCCGACCGGAGCAGCAGCAGCCGCCAGCGCCAGCCAGCGCGAAGCGCCCCCAUGGCGGCGCCGUCGUCCCUCGCGUCGUCCCGGCACUUGUGCCGCCGCGCCACCGCCGCGUCGCCUCACCCUCCUCCUGCUCCGGCGCAGCAGCUCCGGUGCCGAUGGGCCGGACGGCCGCACGCGCCAGGUGUUUGCUCCGUGGUCUCGCCCAGCAAGCCAGGUGUUGCUGCCGUUGACGUGCCGGCGGCGGCGAUUCCUGAUGCGGCGGUCACCGGCGUCGUCGAGCGCACUUCGGUUUCGUCGCUGUUGGAGGUUGUAGCGGACGAUUUGCUCAAGCUUAACAACAACCUCAAAUCGCUUGUUGGUGCAGAAAAUCCAGUUUUAGUUUCUGCAGCGGAACAGAUUUUUGGUGCCGGGGGAAAAAGAUUAAGACCAGCGUUAGUUUUUCUGGUGUCCAGAGCAACUGCUGAAUUGGCUGGUUUACUGGAGCUAACGACAGAACACCAACGUUUGGCAGAGAUUAUAGAGAUGAUCCACACUGCAAGUUUAAUACAUGACGAUGUAAUAGAUGAUAGUGGGAUGCGAAGAGGGAAGGAAACUAUUCAUCAGCUGUAUGGAACACGGGUGGCUGUACUUGCUGGUGAUUUUAUGUUUGCACAAUCUUCUUGGUUUCUUGCAAACCUUGAAAAUAUUGAAGUUAUAAAGCUCAUCAGCCAGGUAAUCAAGGAUUUUGCCAGUGGUGAAAUAAAACAAGCAUCUACACUUUUUGACUGUGACAUCACCCUUGAUGAUUAUCUGCUCAAGAGCUACUACAAGACUGCUUCUCUGAUUGCAGCAAGCACAAGGUCAGCUGCUAUAUUUAGUGGCGUCAGCACUGCUAUAUGUGAACAAAUGUAUGAAUACGGAAGGAAUCUCGGCCUCUCCUUCCAGGUAGUUGAUGACAUUCUUGACUUCACCCAAUCAGCUGAACAGCUUGGGAAACCAGCAGGAAGUGACCUGGCAAAGGGAAAUCUAACAGCUCCGGUCAUUUUUGCUUUGCAAGAUGAACCGCAACUCAGGGAGAUCAUUGAUUCUGAGUUCAGUGAAAUAGAUUCCUUAGCUACUGCAAUAAAGCUAGUUCAUAGAAGUGGUGGAAUAAAGAGGGCUCAUGAGCUUGCAAGAGAGAAGGGCGACUUGGCUAUCCAAAGUCUGCAGUGCCUUCCAAGGAGCGAGUUCAGAAGCACGCUUGAGAACAUGGUGAAAUAUAACCUUGAAAGGAUUGACUAGGCCGGUUUAUUGGAUCUCUCAAUCAGAUACAGACCUCCAUUGUGAGCUUACAGUAGCUCCCCAGAAAGGCAAACAUUUAAGCUUCUAAACCCUGUUUGGAUCAGUGGAUUGCCAAAGGAAAUUAGGGGAAAUGACAAUAUUUUCUUACAGAGUGAUCCUGUGGAAUUCUCACGAAACAGACCAUUGGGUUGUCUGAGAUGAAUGAUGCAGGACAAUAUCAUCCGCAAAGCAGCGACCUUGCCAGGUUCCUUCCACCUUUGUGCCUGAAUGUACCCUAGCAUUUUAUUUUGCAAGUCUUGUAAAUAAAAGAAAUAUAUUGACAUUAGCAUUCUUUAGUUUUGCAAUUUGCUCAUGCAUAUAGAAAACACGUUGUGUACUUGUAUGGGCACACCUGACAGGCCAACAUAAACAUUUGUGUAUUAUGUGCUGCUGAGAUAUGAUGUUUCCCAUUAAAGUACU